ACGAUCUUCCGAAUGAGCUACCGCCAUAACCGAACGCAUCAACACGAGAUCGUGGAGGAACCGGGUUCGAAGCCGACCUUCCGAGCACCAUAUCGGCUCAGCCCUACGGAGCUGACCGACAUGAAAAAACAAAUCGAGUAUCUCCUAGCCAAAGGACUCAUCCGACCAUCCACUUCGCCGUACGGUGCCCCAGUACUCUUCACACCGAAACCGGACGGAAGCCUGCGCAUGUGCAUCGACUACCGAGCUCUUAACAAGCAGACCAUCAAGAAUAAAUAUCCGAUACCGCGAAUUGAUGACAUGCUUGACCAGCUUCGGGGAGCUACGGUAUUUUCCAAACUGGAUCUGCGGUCCGGAUACUGGCAGAUACGGAUGGCGGACAACUCUAUCCACAAAACUGCUUUACGAACUCGGUAUGGAUCGUACGAGUAUUUGGUAAUGCCAUUCGGACUCACCAACGCACCGGCAACGUUCCAAGCCGAAAUGAACCACAUUCUACGACCACUUUUGGACGAGUGCGUGGUGGUGUACCUGGACGACAUACUCAUCUACUCGCGCGACAUGAAGCAGCACGAUGAACACCUGCGACGCGUCUUCGAAAUUCUUCGACGAGAACGAUUCUACGUCAAACUGUCCAAGAGCGAAUUCGCCCUUGAAAAGGUCCAGUUCCUAGGACACAUGGUGAGCGCUCAAGGAGUUCACGUCGACCCCAAGAAAAUCGAGGCCGUACGCACGUGGAAGACACCCGAGAACGUGAAGGAGUUGCAGCAGUUCCUAGGCUUCGCUAAUUACUACAACAGGUUCGUGCCACAGUAUGCAAAAAUCGCAGCACCACUCACGAAUCUGCUGAAGAAGAACACGCCCUACAAAUGGGAGCCGAAGCACCAGGAAGCCAUAGAGCAGCUGAAGCAAGCACGACGUCCGCACCGGUACUCAUUUUGCCAGAUCCCGAACCCGACUACGUCAUCGAAGCUGACGCCAGUGACCAAGCAGUGGGAGCAGUCUUGAUGCAAGAUCAAGGGAAUGGAC